AGCGUGUCGCGUCAAAAGCGAUUAGCAGGAAUGGAAAACGACACCUGAAUGGUGAAGCCUUUUGAUGUAUUGUAGAAGGCUCUAAUGCUCGAGAAAGCCAACCCCAAACAUCCCACUCAAAUAAUUGUUUGUCUGAAUAUUUGAGGGCUUCGAUCGGCUGCUUGAAUUGGUAUUUUUGGGAGGACGCGUCUAUAAGGUGGAACAUAAGCGUAAAACAGGAGUAAACUGUACAAUGUAGCCUAUCUGUGGCCAGUAUGUGUGAAAAGCAUGCGGGACAAAUUGUUCCCAUGUCCCUCUCUGCCAGAAGAUUAAGCCAUGUAUUUCCUAUAGCCUACAUACUCUAGCGAGGGAGUUGCGGUGGUUUUAGAGAGGUUUCGUUUUCUGCUCAACGCCCAUCUUCACAUCACGGAUUACCACGGAAGCAGGAAAUAGGUCACUAUGUCAGAGAAAGAUGAAGAGACAUUCAAGUCUGUGGACUUAGAGCAGCAAACCGAAAAGUCUCCGGAACCAGACAUCAAUCCUCAAGAAUCUCCAAGUGAAAUAGAAACCGAUAAACCCAGCACAUCUCCUACAGAAGCCAAGGCAGAAAGCACCCCCUCUACACAUACUUCAGCAGCCAAAGUUAAAUGGACAUCAUCUGCGGAACAGUUUAAACUGAAGAGAUUUUUUGUCCUCAGGCCUGGAACACUGGACCAUGGCAUUGAAGAUGUUAAAGCUCUGGUGAAUCCCACAGAAGAUGGUGCUGUCCAGAGUGUCUGGCUCAUGGCUGAGGUUGAUCAUUGGAACAAUGAGAGAGAGCGUUUGGUGCUCAUCACAGAGAACACCCUCCUCAUCUUCAAAUAUGACUUUGUCAUGCUUAACUGUGAGCAGAUUCAGAAGAUUCCACUGAACUAUAUCGACCGCAUCUGCCAUGGUACCUUUUGCUUUCCACCACGUUCCCUCCUGACGAGAGAAGGUGAGGGUGUGCGGGUGUUUUGGGACAAACUCAGAGAACCGUCUUUCACUUCCCGUUGGAAUCCUUUUUCUGUUGAAUAUCCUUUCACUACAUUCACCUAUCACCCUGUCAAGAGUGCCAAUGAGGAGCUGGGCCGCCUGUGUGAUAUUCAAAACUUCAGGGAGCAGCUGAAUUCGGCAGCACAGAAAGCCCACAGCAAGAAUCCUAUACCUGGGAAAGCCAACGGGGUUCUUGUGCUGAAUCAGCCCAUCCUAAUCGAAGCAUACGUGGGUCUGAUGUCUGUUAUAGGCAACCAAAACAAGCUGGGCUAUUGCUUAGCACGAGGCAAUAUUGGCUUCUGAGGGCACUCGGAGUCUUCCAAUAAUGGUUUACACUAAGAAAGUCUCUUAUACCAGCUGAGCAUAUGUAAUUAUACUUGUAUAAGAUAAUGAAGGAUAUUUUAAAUCAAAGUGAAUGUAUCAUUUGUAUUCUUAAAAUACAUUCAAUGUCCAUCAAACCUUUUAGUUUCAUCUAGUUAUAUUGCCCCAAGAUCUUAACAAUGUCUAUCAGUCAUUUCCUUUCGGUUGUGUCUUAACAUACAAAGUAUGUUGUCCCUCCUCUUACGACUUCCUGUGUAGAAAUAUCUUGCUUUUAUUUUUCUGCAGAAACUGAUUCUUCUCAAUGUAAUUUGUAAAGUGCCUUUCCUUUCUUUCUGUAUUUAUGCUGAUAUUCUACCUCAUCACAAGGCUUCUUACAGGGCAAUUGAUGCAGGUACACACGUCAUAUUUGUUUGAUGGUUAAGGGUUUAUUAUUACAGUAGAACACAGUGCUGGAUUUUCCCUCGUCUUGAUUUGUUUCUACAGCAGAAUGUCAUUGUGUCAAUGUAUUGUGAAGUCUUUUAAAAAUAAAUGGUAAUACAGAAACUUGGUUCAUUAGUGCUGAAUACAAUUUAUUUUCAUUAAAUACAAUUAGGAAUAAUUAAAAAAAACGCAUGCUUCAUUUACCUGAAUAGUCUGCGCAGUUUUGAUUUAUAGGGCAUUUCUAAGGUAGGGCAAGUGGCCAAUGUAACCAUGUCUUGUUGAAAAUAU